AUGGAAUCAGUGUGGUUUAAACCUGAGUUAUCGGAUGCUAUAAUGCAAAAUGAUGAAAUAUUCGAAAGCACAACGAGUAUCGUUACCGAUAUUGUCGCUGAGCAUAUAGAUCUCUCACAUAUAAUAGAAAACAUGGGUGCCGUAUUAACUCACAAAGAAACAGAAAAACGUUGCAGAGGAAUGAAAUUCUAUACAAAAAUUUUAAGAGAAUUACCGAAAAGCAUUUUGUCAGAAACACAAAUCCAAUUCAUAUCAACAUUUUAUAUAGGCCGUUUGAAUGAUCAUCACAGCAUAAUACCAUCAGUUAUAGAAGGAUAUUUAGCAUUAAUUGAUAUGAAUAACUACAAAGCAAAUAAUAGCGCUAACUUCUUGGCUACUUUGUUCAGAGAAGUGUCCUGUCAAUCACAAUUGCGUCAAGACAGAUAUAAUAUAUAUUUAGUUAUUCAGAAGCUCAUGGAGAAGGAUAUUGACUAUUGCAAGCAGCUUGGCCCAGAUCUUGUAUGUGGCAUGGUAUCAAUAAUGGAUGGUGAAAGGGAUCCUAGAAAUCUGAUUUUCCUAUUCAAUUUCCUUCCAAAAUUCAUAAAAACAAUACCUAUAGGGCAUUUGACAGAGGAAAUGUUUGAUGUAAUAUCCUGUUACUAUCCUAUAGACUUCCAUCCUUCUCCUGAUGAUCCCGCAGCAGUAACAAGGGAUGAUUUAGCCAAGGCCUUAUGUCCGUGUUUGUGUGCCAUACCAGAGUUCGGUGAACAGUGCCUUAUUAUGUUGAUGGAAAAGUUGGAUUCAAGUCUAAGGUUGGCAAAACUUGAUUCGUUGGCGCUCUUGGUCGAAAGCUGUAAAACUUUUAAAAGUGAAACAUAUUGUCCAUUCUCAAAAGCAUUGUGGUCCUCCAUUAACAGGGAUAUAAACCACAAAACAGAUGACGAAAUUAAAAUGGCUAGUCACGAGGCUCUGUCAGCAUUGGUUGCAAAGUUGGCACUUAUCGCUAAUACCGACCAGUCCUUCGAGAAUUUGGUUAAGAGCAUACUUAUCGCAAACCAGACAGCAAUUGCCGAAGCAAAAACUGUAGCACAAUUUGUUCAACCCACGAAAGUGCUUCUCACCACUGCAAAUGCUUCGAAAGAAUCCUGUGUUGUUAUAACAAGAUGUAUGGUACCGGCCACAAUUUCAUACUAUGAGUUCAAAACAUCACCAAAACUACAAAUUGCCAGCUUAGACUUUUUGGGAGACUUAUAUGAUAUAGUUAAACAUUGGGAUGUGUUGGAAUUGGUUAAAGCUCAAGUAAAUGAAAUCCCGAAGUUGUGCCUUACGACUGUUAGCAACCCCGCAAAGGACUUCCAAAUUGCUGGCUUCAAGACUUUAAUCAGAGUAAAAGAUAUUCUGAGAUCUGAUUUAAUAUUACCGUUUGUUGAGAUUUUAACACAUAAUGCCCAGCAUUCGCAAGACACUGAUGUUCUUAGUAUCAGUGUGGAAACAAUCCAUGCAAUAGCGAAGAAGUAUCCAGAGUUAAUAAUGAAUUUGGUAGUCAGAGGGAACUGUCAGAUCAGCAACCUAACACAAGACAAGGUAGCUUUACAGAAACGACUACACUUACUCACGAACUUAGCGAGUAUAGAUGACUUUACGAAAGUAAUUAUUGAAGAUAUAUUGAGAUUGAUAUCGACAUUUGAAAAAGGGACGAAUCUUGUUGUGGAAGCGUUGAGCGACUCGUUAUCCAUAGCUAGUUUUUACACAAGCGAAAAAGUGAUGCAAAUAGAAAGUGACCAUGGUCUUAUAGAACCUGUUUUGGCGUGGUUGUACAAAGAAAUUCCGAGCGGUAACCAAGACACAUUGGCCCAUGGGUAUACGUUAGUAUCCAACACAAUUAGCAGCUUACCGGCGGAGAAACAACAGAAUAUUUUAUCACAGCACACGCAGAAAGUUUUAGAUAAUUGUCAAGUCAAUGAUGUAUAUUUCUUAGUACUAGAAAGUUUAUAUUCUCCCUUGCAUCAGAACGUUUAUACUUCAAAGUUCGAGGAGGUUCUGAUAUUAUCUAUAAAAGUCGCUUUGAAUAGUCAGAAAGAAUUAGUUAGGACAAAGGGAUGUGUGUUGAUAGCUCACAUGUUGAAUAAAGUGGAACACGGACAGAAGUUUGAGCUUUUAUAUGAACUGUUGAAGAACCAGCUGUCAGAGUGUAGCAAACAUGAUGAGUCUUUGUGUCCACGAUUGAUACAAAUGUAUGGAUGGAUAACAAAAGCUUUAAUAUUGAGAGGCAGUGAUAUGUAUCUAUUUUGGCUACAAAAAAUAGUGGGAAUUAUGCCAAACACCAGUUAUAGUAAAUACAGUGCCGAAGCUAUACGAAUAAUUAUGACCGAGUUCUCAGACUACUUGAGUCCUAAGUUACACUGUCGUAUAAGUCUGUUGUAUAGACAGAGGAUGUUCCUAUCAUUUUCUCUUUUAGUUGAUAAAUUUGGGGCUCUCUCACCGGAUGUCAAAGAAGAUUAUCUACUGAGUUGGGCGUAUGUACUGGACAAGACGCCUAAAACUGUACUUAGUAGUGAAGGUGUUAAGAUAACAUCAAUAGUGGUAGACUCCUUAGAGUAUCAAAACGAGGAAUUGCUGAUUGUCUCUCUCAACACACUGUCUCAUCUAAUAAAGUCCCAGCCGCUAAUAUCCUGCAGUCUGCAAACUGUUCUUCCAAGGCUGAUCAACUUGACUAAAUAUACUAAGUCUAUGGAUGUCAGAAUAAAAAGCUUGGAAUGCCUGUACGAUAUAGCAAAUACAUUCCGGACUUCGCUACUUUUACCAUUCAAACAAGACGUUUUGCUUGAUUUAGCGCCAUCUUUGGAUGACAAGAAGAGAUUAGUUCGCAACGCGGCGGUUCGCGCGCGAACUCGUUGGUUCCUUGUUGGGGCGCCAGGGGAAGAUAAAGCAAACUAG